ACGCGGCUCAUUUUAAAAAGGAAACUUCCGGUUGUCGGAGAGCUUGGUCGAUCGCUUACGUCUUGGUUACUUAUGCCAUACCUUGCUCCAAAGCUACUGUAUACCUUCCUGUUUGCAUGCCAAGGGUCAGCACCAGUAUAUCUCGCUCUUUUUUACUCAUCGCAACUCGGCUUGAAGAGUGAUCAAAUUGGCUUACUUGUUGCCAUUGCUCCAUUCAUUUCGGCCAUAGCCUGCCCAUUAUGGACGGCAGUCGCUGACAAGACCAAAACGCACCGAUAUAUAAUGUGCAUUGUACAUACUCUAGCGACACUGGCGAUCGUCAGUGUUAUGGGCAUAUCGGUUGCGGUACAGCAUGCUGAGCCAGAGACGGAGCGGAGUAAGCUUACAGUGACUCUGGUGACCAUCACAUCCGUUUGCUUUGCAUUCUUUGGUGUACCGGUUGGACCAUUAGUGGAUGGUGGCGUAUUGAAGAUAUUGGGUCGUAAUAAAGAUCAAUAUGGUCGACAGCGAAUGUUUGGUUCGAUUUCAUUUGGUGUGGCGUCUUGCCUGGUUGGAUUUAUCACGGAUUGGACCAACGACAUGAACGCCAUAUUUUACGUGUACGCCAUAUCAGCAGUAUGCUUCAUCAUCGUUGCCGGUAGCACCCAAUUCAAAACAGAAAAACUAGAUACCUUCAUCCGACGACCGUUCUUACAACAGCAGCAACAGCAAGUGAAUCCUUUAAUACCCAAGCGCACAAAAGCAGCACCUGUACCCUUCGCUUCGAGCUCAACAAGCACUGCUCAUUCUGGUAGCAGUGACGGUAGCACCACCAGCAGCGGUGGAGAAGGCCCAACCCGGACGGAUAGUAAACUGCAUCGAAAAAUCAAGCAAUUCCAGCUCGACUAUUCGACAUAUGACGACGAUGACGAAUUUGAAGCAACACAAAUACGGCAAAAUGAGAUCCAGCGAUUGAUACAGUUUGCGACAGAAUCGAGUAUCAUUGAGGCAGUUAAUCUAUCCAACCCACCUGCGUCCAGACGACGCUAUUCGGGUGUGAACUUGGACGAAGUCGCGAAUGCUACGCAACAGCCGACAAGCUUAAUAGAACUACUAAAACAACCACACGUGCUCUUGUUUUUUAUGACGAUGAUGCUGAUGGGUGCGUCUUUGAAUAUGGUGAUCAGCUUCCUAUUCAUUUUCCUAAAGCAAGAUCUUGGUGCGAGCUCUUCUGUCGUCGGUUUAACAGGAUUGGUUGGAUCAGUUACUGAGUUACUCUUCUUUUUCUAUUCGCGAGAUCUUAUUCGACUUUUCGGUAUCAAAAGUCUAAUAAUCUUGGGCCAUGUGUUGACCAUCGUCCGUGUAUUUUCAUAUACCAUCCUACCCAAGGGACCAAGUGGCGCUAAUGUUGCAUUGGGACUUCAUUUGUUGAACGGCGUUGCAUUCUCGGCUUUGUGGGGUGCAGGUGUGGUACAAGCGGAUGAGCUUGCCCCUCCAUCUUUACAAGCAACAUCACAAGGUCUAUUGGCUGCAAUGUAUGCUGGUGUCGGUGCAGGACUUGGUAGCCUGAUGGGUGGCGUUAUCUAUGAACGUGCUGGACCACACGCCAUGUUUUAUGCCGCUAUCGGAUUGACAUCCCUCAGCUUGGAGCUUUAUCUCGAGGCAAACACAAGAUGGGGUAUUACGGAUAUGCUACGGUGGACCUAUCGGAUGACUGUGCGAAUGUAUACUUGGACACAACAUGUACGCGGCCGAGGACGAGCUGUUCCUCGGUGGAGUGGUCCACGUAGGGAAGGCAGGAUCCGGUUGCGCGGUGAUGGCGACGACGAUUAAGUCUUUUUCCCUGUUUCGAGUAAGUAACCAACCCAGUUUCCCUAUCUUUCCAUACCACACCCAUAACAUACAAACACACAACUGCAACCACAUGUAUAUACACCACAUAUUCAAAACACAUUUACAUUGCACCCACACACAUGAUCUGUUUACUUCGUUUACAUUUAUUGGCGAGGGCUUAUUUGCUUGAAGAAAGAUACCUGCGCACCUUACCCAUCAACAAUACAUCGCUUAUAAUCACUUUCAAUACCAUAUAUAACAGAAAUAUCAAAGAACGCAUUCAUAGAGUCUGGAUAGAUUUGUCGCCUUUCGUUACCAUUCUUUGUAAACUUCAGCACUUUUCUUCUUUUUUGCAAUAUCUUAAAAUUAUACUUUUUUUAGCCUCAGAUGCUAUUCGGCA